CUCGAUAAAUGUGGAUCGAUGGAUUGUAUCUGUUGACUCGAUUAAUGUGGAUCGGUGGAUUAUAUCUGUUGACUCGAUAAAUGUGGAUCAGUUGAUUGUAUCUGUUAACUCGAUAAAUGUGGAUCGUUGGAUUGUAUCUGUUGACUCGAUAAAUGUGGAUCGAUGGAUUGUAUCUGUUGACUCGAUAAAUGUGGAUCGGUGGAUUGUAUCUGUUGACUCGAUAAAUGUGGAUCGUUGGAUUGUUCCUAACGACGUGUGUACCCCUGCCUGGUGUGUUAUCCUUGGAGUCUCGGAACUGCUCACUCAAUUGUACAAAGUUGUAUCUUACCUAAAGUUAAAAACAAAUCAAGGUUCGCACACAUUAAUUAUAACGACGUGUCAACAACCCAAAAACAUGGAACUUACUCAUUUGCUACCAAUGAACAUGUCUUAUUGGGACUACAAUCAGAGUGAAACAGUGGACAACAAUGUAACCAACAAAACUAAUGGGACUACUUACAGUCGAGAUGAGACUUUAGCUAAGGCAGAAAUAGCAGUAAUGGCGGUCAUUCUUUAUCUCGCUUUAUUCGGAAAUAGUGUAGUGUUAUUAGUUCUGAAAUGUCGCCGAACGAAGCUAACUCGAAUGCAGUGGUUUAUUGUACAUCUGUGUCUGGCUGAUAUCUCGGUCGCGUUAUUUAAUGUACUGCCACAGAUGGCAUGGGACAUCACAUACAGAUUCCAAGGAUCAACUUUUACAUGUAAACUCGUCAAAUACUUACAGUUGUCAGCAAUGUACGCGUCGUCAUACGUGUUGGUAAUGACAGCGUUGGAUCGCUUCAGUUCUAUUUGUUAUCCUCUGGCCAGUCAAACAUGGACAACACGCCGUGUACAUAUAAUGAUAUCAACAGCGUGGAUUUUAUCACUGAUUUUCUCAAUUCCACAACUGAUUCUUUUCUCAAUGCAAGAGACAUAUCCAGGAAGUGGUGAAUAUGACUGUUGGGAAAGUUUGAGUGUAGGUCCACCGUGGAGGAUUCAACUGUAUGUCACAUGGAUUUUCCUUUCUAUAUAUGCGAUACCACUAGUUAUCCUCGCAUUUGCAUACAUCAAAAUUUGCCAAGUGGUUUGGAUGAGUGUUGAUUCUCGGAAAAAUCCUAAAAAUAGAACCAAUGUUAGAAAAUCAUGGAAACUAAUAUUUACGAAGGAUGCAACUAUCCGACAAGCGGACAUGAACAGUCCACGACUUCUUAAGAAUCCUAGAGCUCACAGUAAGGGCGUAUCAAAAUCCAAGAUCAAAACUAUCAAGCUGACUGUGGUUGUAGUCACAUGUUAUUUUCUCUGCUGGGGACCUUUCUUUGUAGCACAGACAUGGAGUGCGUUCGAUGUCAAUGCUCCUUUCUACGGUGCAGCUUUUGCGAUAAUCUUGCUGCUAGCUAACCUAAACAGCUGCGUCAAUCCUUGGAUUUUCCUCGCCUUUAGCAGCCAUACGUGUACAUCACGAUCCUCAAAGGACAAUCGCCCAUCUACCUUGACAAGCAACUCUUACUUGGAAUCUACAGAGGCCAGGUCAGGACGUAGUCAGUUACACGAGACCAACUCUUUCUCUACGAGAUCUGCACGAGAUAUGAAGGGAUCGUUUUCCGAAUGCAGUCAGUCUAAUGUAUGAAAUCUGUAAUACGAUCGAUGAAGGUAUCACAAUGAAAAUGUCUUUAAUAGUGACUAACUGGAUAGAAAAUUUCCUGGAAUAAGAUUAUAAAAGACAUGUCAGUGAUAUAUGCCUCUCUAUGUCUUAUGAUCUAAUAGACAUGGCUUUGAUGAUACAAUAUGCUUCUCUAUGUCUUAUGAUAUAAUAGACAUGACGGUGAUGAUACAAUAUGCUUCUCUAUGUCUUAUGAUCUAAUAGACAUUACAGUGAUGAUACAAUAUGCUUCUCUAUGUCUUAUGCUUUAAUAGACAUGACAGUGAUGAUACAAUAUGCUUCUCUAUGUCUUAUGCUUUAAUAGACAUGACAGUGAUGAUACAAUAUGCUUCUCUAUGUCUUAUGAUAUAAUAGACAUGACAGUGAUGAUACAAUAUGCUUAUCACGGUAUUAUGAUAUAAUAGACAUGACAGUGAUGAUAAGAUUUACUUUUCAAUGUUUUAUUAUAUUAUAGACAUGUCAGUGAUGAUACAUGUUUUUUUAUCAAUGACUAAUCAACUUCCUGUUAUGUUAUAGACGUGUCAUGGUUAUACAAUAUAACUAUCAAGAUCGUAUGAUAUGAUAGACGUGCUAGUGGUGAUAUAAUAUGCUGGUGAAGGAUCUGUAAUAUUAUAGACGUGUCAUGAUUAUACAAUAUAACUAUCAAGAUCGUAUGAUAUGAUAGACGUGUUAGUGGUGAUAUCAUAUGCUGGUGAAGGAUCUGUAAUAUAAUAGAAGUGUUAGUGAUGAUACAAUAUGCUUGUGAAGAACAUGUAAUAUAAUAGAAGUGUUAGUGAUGAUACAAUAUGCUGGUGAAGGACAUGUAAUAAAAUAUAAGUGUUAGUGCUGAUACAAUAUGCUGGUGACGGACAUGUAAUAUUAUAGAUGUGUGGUGAUGGUAUAAUAUGCUGGUGAAGGACAUGUUAUGUGUUGAUUAUAAGAAAAAACGUCAAAUAGAUGUUCUAUUAUUGUAUUAGUGUUUAGACAGUCAGUUGCACAUCUUUCUUUUUUGUUUGAGUGAUUUUGUAAACAAUACCACCAAUUUUUCGUUCUUGUACCUUUUUGAUUGGAUAUGCAGUCGAAACUCGAAAACUCUGUUUAUUUCGGAAUAUUUCGACUUCUUAAUUUUACACACAACAUUUGAACUCAUUUAUAUCGAGUACACGAUUAUCUCCAGGUUUUCCCAUAGUCCUGGCGAUUUCAAUUUAACGAGGUUCGACUGUGUGUGUGCGUUUUUUGUUAGCAUUGCUUGUAAUUGUUUUUAUUGUAAACAUAAUCAGGGUACAGGUUAAUAUUUAAAUGCGAACCUUAAGAUUGCAAAAUACAUGUUUGACACACGUUGUCAUUGAUAAUUUGCUUUGGCUGAUUUGUCAUAUAUCAAUGUACAAAUAAAAUGU